AUGGGCGUCAUGUGUCUUUGCGUUUAUGAAAAUGUGGUUUUCUCACAGCCCACUGCCUGGCUCUUACACUACGAUGGUCUAGGGAGAUUGUUGCAGUCUCGAGGCCCUAAGCCCCUAGAAACUGAAGCAGAGAGACACAUCUGGCGUGUAGCAAGAUACUUCAUCAUACUUUCGGCCGGACACCAAAGAAAACGAAUUUUUCUUGAACAACUACAAUGGGCGAGCACUCGUUGCAUGCCAAGAGGCGAGACUCCGGGAAAGUUUGAUCUUCUCAUCGACAUGUUCGCCCAGUUUCCCGGCAUUAUUGAGGACUAUGAUGCACUUCGAAAAUCCAGUUCGAUACAUUCUGAUACCCGAGAGGGUUUCCGACGACGAGUGCAGUCUCUUAUCGACGGUAUACACGCCUGGUUGCGGGAUAUACCGUGGAUAUGCACCCUCGAUCCAGCUUUUAUAGAAAACAGCCAAGCACAACUACCUGACGACCCCAUGGACUGCGCAUCUCUCGCUAUUUGUUACGCCAUACUUCUUUGUCUCAUCCAGCCAUGCAACUGCCUGAAAAUUAAUAUUAUACCUGAGCAGGAUCAUUAUAACGCGGACCCAGCUAGAAUAGAGUUUCUGACACUGGAAAUAUGUCGCUUCUCAAAAUGGGCGUUACGAGGUGGAGACACGGCGAACUUGGCAUUGCUCCUGAUAUAUCCUCUGCAAAUAACUUGGUACUUUCUUCAAAGAACGCCUGAAAAGCUGCAUCCUGUAAGAGAAAACCUGGACCUGGCUAUUGCAGAUACGCAUGGUUUUGAGCUGGGGAGAAUGCGUGAGUGGAAUGAGUUGAAUCUUGAGCAAGGAAGAUAUGGAUUUAUGUAUAAAUAA